AUGGUCAAGCUACUUCCUACCUUCGUGUUUCAAGCUGUCUUUGCUCUCGCAGCAGCGGAGUACCUCAAUUGUACCACAAACUGCGCCAACGGGGUGAAUCUUGGCGGGUGGCUUGAGCAAGAAUGUACCAUCGAUACUACUUGGGUCCGCAGUGCGGUCCUAAUCCUAGAGCGAAGAUAUGCGACCUAUAUCACAACCUCGGAUAUCGACAAUCUGGCAAACGCCGGCUUGAAUAUUUUGCGCAUCCCCACUACGUAUGCCUCUUGGGUUUCGUUUCUGAACAACAUUGCGACAUAUGCUAUCACCAAGCAUUACAUGCAACUAAUCAUUGGUGUACCCUCGCUCCUUGAAGAGGCAACAGGAUAG